ACUCCACACCUGAGCGGGCGCAGUGUCUCGAAAGCGAGAUGUGCUCGGAGCAUUGCCGUACGAGGCGGAGACGUCGCGCACGCCUUUCAACACUUCCUUCUGCUACGGGAAAAAGGACAUGUGUGCCGUUUCUUUCACGUCGUCACCUCAUAUAAGAGUGGGAGGCGGCAGGCGCACGUGCACCGCACAGUGGAGGGACCCAUGGCCAAGUCACCGGUGCUGGGUACAUCUCUACGGAAGUCGGAGCUGGAUCUCCACAGCGGACUUCACAUCGGUUCCGCUGCUAUGGCCGACGGAAGCGUACCGGCCGCUCAGGCACAAUGCAGUGCAAUACGUGAUUCCUCUGAUACUUGACCUGGGAGUCUUCACCGGCACUGGCAAGGUUGACUUCGAUGAGUGGCUGUCGAUGUACCAGCGCAUCACCAACAGUUACAGGAAAGCGGCUUGUUGCUGUUGACGGCCACGUGCGGCAUGCUGCUGUUGCUGUGCGGUCGAGUGUCGGAAGCUGCACCCGGCUACGGCGGCGGCUACGGGGGUCACGUCAGCAUCAAAGUGUACCGCGGCCCAUCGCACGGCCACGGCUACCACUCGUUCGCGCCUUUUGGUUAUCAUGUUCACCUGCCACCUGACAACCACGGCUACCACGGAUGAGUCAAGCAUGCUGCACUACAGACUCGACGAGCCUGACACGUCGGCAGCAACAAAGUUUCUGAAUCAGCAGCGGGUCAGAACGUGAGGCCCGCGAAGCCACAGUCCAGCAGCAUCAAUAAAAAGGAGGCUAUAUUUGAC